UUUUUUUUUUUUUUUUUUCUUUCGUUCCCUUUUUUAUUUAUUUAUUGAUCACUGGAAUGUUCUUGUUGCCAAGGAGGCGUCGUAUUAUUCCUUUCCUUUGUAGUUUGAUAUUGAUAUACUGGUCUUUAUAUUAUCUCUUUUGGUCAGCUACUUCUGUUAGGUGGUCUUCUUCUUUGUCAGAAAAGAAACCAACACUUUUUAUAGCUGCCAAUUUAUAUAAUAAUCAAGAUAUUCUCGAUCAUUGGACAACACAAGUUUUAAAGUUAGCACAAUGGGCUGGACCUAAUCGUUCAUAUAUAUCCAUCUUUGAAAACGGUAGUACUGACAACACCAAGGCUUUAUUACUCAAGUUCAAAACCCGGUUGACCCAGGAAAAUAUACCUCAUACCAUUAUAUUAGAUGAUACCCCAAAGGAUUACACAGAACGACGUAUACCAAUGUUAGCAAAUCGAAGGAAUCAAGCUCUUAGUCCUCUUUACCGACGGGAUCUUGACUAUGACAAGAUUUUAUUUUUGAAUGAUAUUUGGUUUGACUGGAUGGAUGCAGUACGUUUGAUUCAAUCUGGAUAUAGCAAUAACAAUAGCAUGGAUAUUGACGAAGAAUAUGAUGCUGUUUGUAGUAUGGAUUUCUUUGGACAAUACUAUGAUGAAUUUGCUACACGUGAAAUCGACACUAAUUGGUUGGGCUCUGGAGAAUAUCCUUACUUUAAAGAUCAAACAAGUCGUGAUCUACUGAAGCAUAGAAAAUUGAUUCCUGUUUAUAGUUGCUGGGGAGGUAUGGUGUCUUUCAAGGCUUCUCCGUUUUUGAUGGUCAACAGUACUACUGGAACUCCAUUACUCUCAUUUCGUUCUCUUUGGCCUGAUAAUCCUCGACCGAUACUGGAAGCAAGUGAAUGUUGCUUGGUGCAUUCUGAUCUUCGUGCAUUGAAUUUUACAAAUAUUUUUAUUAAUCCGAACGUCAAGGUGGCUUAUGAUCAUUUUCAUUAUUGGUAUGCAAAUUAUCUACUUCCUCUGCGAAAUCUUGUUUUAUCAUGGACCAAUGAACCCAAAGGCAUAUCUGCUGAAGAAAACAUCAAAUGGAAAGAAAGAUUAGCAUCUGUUGGACAGUUGGAUUCUGGUGACUCUAUUUGUCUCUGGCGACCAGGAAGUUACGACUAGUGUAGAAUAAUUUGAUGGUUUCAGUUUAAAAAUAAAAAAAAAAAUCUGUAUACAAAAGAAUC